AUGGGAGAUCUGCAGCGCACGGGCGGCGGUCCGCGGCGAGGCGCCGUGCAGUUCCGGAUACCGCGACGGCCUCGGCCUGUCGUGGCUACAGGCGCGCCGCUGCUGCCGGGAGAGGCGCCAGGAGAUCGCAAGAAGAAGAAGAUGGUGGUGGCGCGGCUCGGUGGCGCGCGGAGGAGCCUCUUCGGGGCGGUCCGGCGGCUGCGGAUGCGGUGGGUCGCGGCGGCGUACCGGCGGGCGCUGCGCCGGCUGAGCGCCUUCUACGCCAGGGCGCUCGAUGACCUCCUGGAGGGCGCGGCGAGCGUCAGCACGAUUCACGCCAAGGCUGGAGCCGACUGCUCCUUCGCCACCGCCUUCGCGCCCGUCGUACCGGUCGGUGGACGGUAG